UUUAUGCAUAUGUCUGCCCGCCAGCCUUUAUUUCUUUCUUGAGAAAUGUCUGUUCAGUGUUUCUCCACCGGCACUAAAUAUUCAGAGAAUAUAGCUUGGGCAUCAGAGUUGAAAUCUAUACACAUGUUUUGGCAGAGAGCUGAUGCUGGCUUCUGGAGAGCAUGUUUUUUUCUGCAGAGAUUAAUGGAAACUGUGUUGAUGUAUCAUAAGAGUUCAUUAAAAAUGGAAAAUGCCUUUUCACUUGCUUUGUUCUCACCUGUGAUAAUCAUCUGCUUCACUGAAGAGAAAUCAACAGCCUGGUGGUGUUACAGCAUAAUUAAAAUACACUUAAAGCACACUUGCACUCACACACAUAGUGCCUCGAACAUGCACUGUAUAUCGUAUUCGUCAUUUUAUUUGCCUAGCUGUUUUUGUGUGUGUGCAUUUAUGUGUGUUCCUGUAAUUUAAAUGUAUACAGUCUAUACUGUAAUCAUGACCCUGCCCUGUGCUCAUGACAGGACUGGACUUUGCUGUGGCUAACCAUAUAAUGUACUGUACUGUAGGCUUAUUCUUUUGAAACAGUGUGUAACCCAUUUAAAUGAAAAGUUGAAUCAUUACCCUUUUUAACGGCAACUAAUCUUUAAGAAAAAUAACUUGCAGUAAGCUUUCCUAAAAUUCUGGCUCCAACUAAAGGCUAUGAUUUAGCCGAGUGGAAGAUCACAUGAAGGAGUCAAGAAGAGGGGAGGCAGCUGCACAUCUAUAAAUUGCCUCUAUAAUGAAAACUGGAAACAAAAGCUGAGUGUAUGGUUCUCCUCCCUACAAAAAGUUUCAGUUGCCUGAAACUUUUCGGGAGGCUCACUGAACCAGAUACAAUGUUUUCUGCAAAUCUGGGAAUCACAGUAUUCAUUUUUCCUUUUUUAGCUCUGGAGAAAAACACAAUCUUCUCUGUGUUUAGUGAAGUCCUAAGGAUUGCAAUUAUGAAAUAUAGCUACCGUAUAAUCCAGAGAUCUAGAGGCAACCAUUUACUACAUUUGGCUAACAGUACAUAACUAUGUUUAAAAAAAAUCCUUCAUAUUGUUGAAAUAAUAUAGCAAAAAAAAAUUAACCCUCACCAUUAGCUUUUGUGGCACUAAUAUCAGUGACAAUGUAGCAGCUGUGAUAUAUUUAAGAUCAAAGAGGUGACCACUUCCAUUGAAGUUCUGUUCCAAACUUAUUUAGCCCCAAAAAAGAAAUGCUUUGAAAGUAAUAUUUUAAAGAAACCCCUCCCUGAAACUAGUAGCCUAUUUAUCUUAAACCAUGUUCUACAUUUACUCUUCUUAAUUAAGAUAAAAGACAUACACUUGUUUAAAUACCCAGUAGUUAGGGGUUAGUUGGUAAAAGUAUAGAGCUCUGUGGCCUCUACCAGCUUUACUAAGCAGAAGCAAGUCCCAGCAGAUGCACUGAUUCCAUAUGUCUGAUCUGUAAUUACAGCAAAUUAGAGAGUUUUUGCAGCAACGUCCCAGUUAAAGAAAGCAUCCACCCUGCUAUGGUCAAAAUGGUCCAAUAUAGUCUGGGAGGUAAUGCAGACCAGUGGUUAUCUUAGAACUUAUGCAUCAUUUAGGCUAAGAUAACUGUAAAAACACGUAGACACAAAUUCUUCUUCAAGUUAGUACAGUAGGAAUCAGGGUGGUAGAUUCAGCUGUACAGCUAAAGACAGCUGUCUUACCUACAGUAUAUCAAUACUUGUUUGAGGCAAUUUACAUGCAUUAUCCAUUGAUAAGUGUCCCAUUUGCACUUCAUAAAUUGUUGUGGUAAGGUGUCCACAUUGUUUAAUUGAUUAGUUGCAAACAGUCAAGUCAGACUGGGGAGAUUAUGCACCAGUUAUCAGUUUUGGUUUUCAGCCUUAUCAGAGCAGUUUUCUUCAUAUGGUCAGUUGGCUUUUCAGCUGACAUUUUACUGGUUAUCUGAAAUAUUAGACAACAUGUUUGAGGGACUUUUACUCUCCUGAUGGUCUUUGUUGUACAGUACAGUGAUAUCACUUCCCCUGAUGCUGUGCUCUUAUUACAUUAGCUAGCUAGCUGGCAGUCGCUAAGCUAUCACUGUGCUGAUGUCAUGUCUAGGAGACUCCUUAGUAUCCCUUCUCCUGUCUCUCUCCCUCACUCUUUUUCUUCUGAGCAAGUGAGGGCUUGUUCUGGGAGGUGAGUGGACUGGAUGGAGCUCCUGUGACUGGGCGAUCAGUGGAGUGAGAGUGAGAGAAGCAGUGCUUUUAGGGCUGGACCAUACUCCCUGGAGAAGGGCAAUUUUUUCAGACAGCAAGCCUUUCCGCUGCUGCAUCAUUACCAUAAAGGGAGUGGGCCAUGGAGGUCGACAAAAAAAAACACAGUAAAGACUCUGUGUUCUUCCGUGACGGAGUGCGCAGGAUUGAUUUUGUCCUGUCCUAUGUUGACGAUAAAGAUGGUGAGAGAAAACAGGAGAGGAGGAGGUUGUAUGAGGCCAAUCUAGUGAAUGUCGGCCUGGAGCUGGAGAUCGAAGAUAAAUCCGAGUCAGACGAUGGAAAGACUUAUUUUGUAAAGAUCCACGCUCCAUGGGAAGUGUUGGCCACCUAUGCAGACGUGCUGAAGAUCAAGGUGCCAUUCAAGGCCAACGACAUCCCAAACAACAGUGAGAUGCCCAUGAACUGGCUGUCCACCCCCUUUCGUCUGCCGGAGCACAUCAUGCACCCCGAGCCAGACUUUUUCACAGCUCCCUUCGACAAGAGCAAGACUGACUUCUUCCUUAUCGGUGACAAAGAUACGUUCUUCCCCCCAUCUAAUCGCAACAGGAUAGUCUACUACAUCCUGUCCCGCUGUUCAUACCUCAGGGAUGAAUGUGGAGAUAGAGACAAGAAGGGGAUCAAGAGAUUACUCAACAAUGGCACCUACACUGCUGCCUUCCCCCUGCAUGAUUGUAGAUACUGGACAAGAUCUAAGGAUGCUAACUGUGAAAGUGACAGAUACAGUCUCUACAAACACUGGGCCGGAUUCUUCUGUUUCUUCAAGGAGCAGCCCCUCAAUCUUAUAAGGAAGUAUUAUGGGGAGAAGAUAGGUAUUUAUUUUGCUUGGCUGGGCUUCUACACUGAGAUGCUGUUGUUUGCUGCAAUAGUUGGAACAAUUUGUUUCAUCUACGGAUUCCUCACCUACGAUGACAACCAGUGGAGUAAAGAAAUAUGUAGUGAGGAAGUUGGAGGGAAUAUUGUCAUGUGCCCGCUGUGUGACAAGAAAUGUGGCUACUGGAAACUCAACUCAACAUGCAACUCCUCAUGGCAAUCACACCUGUUUGACAAUGUGGCAACGGUGUUUUUUGCCAUAUUUAUGGGGAUUUGGGUGACGCUGUUUCUGGAGUUCUGGAAGAGGCGGCAGGCUCGUCUCGAGUACGAGUGGGAUCUGGUCGACUUUGAGGAGGAACAACAGAAGCUGCAGCUUCGGCCAGAGUAUGAGGCCAUGUGCACCAACCGCAAGCUGAACCGCAUCACUCAGGAAAUGGAGUGGGUUCUUAACAGGACUUCUACAGAUAUAAUGGGGAAGUUAUUGCUGUGCUGGGCCACCGUGAUGCUCUGGAUCUCAUUGAUCAUUGCCUGCAUCAUUGGGGUGAUAGCGUACCGCCUGGCGGUAUACGCAGCCUUUGCCAGCAUCAUGAAGGACAGUGCCACCAGCAACCUGCAGGUGGUUGGCCCCUACAUCACGCCACAGCUGGCCACCUCUGUCACAGCCUCCUGCAUCAACUUUGUCAUCAUCAUGAUCCUCAACCUCAUGUAUGAGAGAGUGGCUAUUUGGAUCACUGACAUGGAAAUUCCCAAGACCCACCUGGAGUAUGAGAACAAACUGACUGUGAAGAUGUUCCUCUUCCAGUUUGUCAACUACUACUCCUCCUGCUUCUACGUGGCUUUCUUUAAGGGCAAGUUUGUCGGCUAUCCUGGAAAUUAUGCAUAUAUGUUUGGCAGCAACCUGAGGAAUGAAGAGUGUGACCCUGGUGGCUGUUUGAUUGAGUUGACCACCCAGCUGGUGAUAGUGAUGACUGGUAAACAAGUGUGGGGCAACAUCCAGGAGGCUCUGGUCCCGUGGCUGAUGAACUGGUGGGGCAGCAGGAAGGCACGAAGCCACCCAGAGAGUCUGUACAGCCGCUGGGAGCAGGACCACGACCUGCAGGAGUUUGGACAGCUGGGCCUCUUCGACGAGUACCUGGAAAUGGUGAUCCAGUUUGGUUUCAUCACGCUGUUCGUCGCCUCCUUUCCCCUGGCACCCCUGCUGGCACUUAUCAACAACAUCAUUGAGGUUAGAGUGGAUGCAUGGAAGCUAACCACUCAGUUCAGACGUCCUGUGGCAGCAAAAGCCCACAGCAUCGGAGCCUGGCAAGAAAUCCUCAAUGGGAUGGCCGUACUCUCUGUGGUCACAAAUGCGUUCAUUGUGGCCUUCACCUCUGAUAUGAUACCUCGGCUCGUGUACAUGUACACCCAGCCAGACGGUGAGAUGAAGAUGAAAGGCUACAUAAGCAGCAGCCUGUCUGUGUUUAAUAUCUCUGCAAUUCCACUGGCCAACAAGCCUGAUGACGGGGAGAACCCUCCCUGGUUCAACAGCUCCAUCAUCACUACCUGCAGGUAUCGUGAUUACCGCUACCCUCCUGGCCACGAGAGACAGUACACCCACACAAUGCAGUUCUGGCACAUUCUGGCAGCCAAGCUGGCGUUCAUCAUUAUCAUGGAGCAUGUUGUGUUUCUGGUCAAGUUCUUUGUGGCCUGGAUGAUUCCUGAUGUUCCCUCUGAAGUGAAGGCUCGAAUAAAGAGAGAGCGCUACCUCGUCCAAGAGUAUCUCCAUAACUAUGAAGUGGAGAAGCUGAAAAUCCAACUCAGUCAAAAUGGCCAUAAUGAUUGUACCUGCCCGCCCAUGAUCUAUCCAUCUCUACCCAAACAUGAGAUGCUGUCAGAGUGUCUCUAGCCCAGCUAGCUGCUGGUCAGUCAGCUGGACAUGAUGGGAGGACAUGGUUAUGAUAUAGAUUGCCCUGCUUGUGUAUUAUGAUACUGACCAUCACUUUGCUGUAGUGCCUGUGUUGUUUGUCAACACACACACACACACACACACACACACACACACACACACACACACACACACAGUUUACUCCAUUCACAGCCAUCCCUCCUCUUCUGAUCGUGAAAGUGCACACAGGUGAAAGACAAAGUCUUCAUGCAUGCAGAAACGUGUAUUUAAACCUCUUUCUCAUAUUUAUGACUUUUCACUCUAUGUUGUAAUCAAAUUGCUGAUGAUAAUCAACAGCUGUAAGAAAAGAAAGAGAAAAUCGUAUACACUGGGUCUAAGCCUGACAACUUGCUCUUAUUUUAAUAAGACUUAUUUAAGUGCCACUAUGACUAACCAAAGACUGAAUGCCUUACUAUAUCACAACCUUAUCAUUGAUUCUAUCUGCCAUUAGAAUAACAAUUGAUAUUUACAAACUGAGGGCUUGCUUAUUAUAGGUUUUGAUUGUUUCCCUUGUUCAUAUGUGCAGCUGUAUGAAGGGUUCCAGUUUCAUAUACUGUACAUUUAUUUCAACUUGGUUGUUUUUUUAUUUUAUUUUUUCAGUUAAUGCAACAAAUGUGAGCAUUGUUUAUUUGCAUUGAGGUCACACCACAGAUGUAACACAAUUUUACCAAAUGAUUUUCAUGUUCAUAGGCUGGUCACAUUUUUGCUUUAAUGUCAUAACAGCCCAGCAAUUUCUCCAGGCCAAAAUCUGACAUGUGAAUUAGAUUUUUAUGAAGACAAAUCUGUGCAGCUGUUAGUACUGUGAGUAAGGGCAGAUUUUGUCCUGCAAUGGCCAGUUUUGGGCAGCAGCAGCAGCAGCAGUUGGUGCAUGUUGACUGUUGACAGUGAGUCCUGUUCCUGGAGAUGACAAGCUUUAAGCCCUGAGAGAGUGAAGAGAUUCCUUUUUAAUGUGCCUCUGUUUACCAACACGUCGGAGCUAAUAAAAGCCUGCCCCUACCUACUGAACUAUGUUUGCUCCCCUACACAAAGCACAUCAGCCUUCGCCCAGUUCUUGUGCUUCUGUUUUCCUCAGCUGUGUCUGUGUAGAGAAGGAAAGAUACACAUUUGUUUUAUUUUUAUUUUGCACAAAGCACUUAAAUGAAACAUGACUACCAAGACAUAAACAUGUCAGUGUAAAUGUUGUCAUGACACUACGUAUUCAUAAUUAGUCUUUUGAAUCUGUGUUCAUUUAAAUGGAAUAACACUUGUACUGUAGGUAAGAGGGAGUCUGAAUUUAAUAUUUAUAUCAUGCUUAAAUGACAACAAGGAGAAAGUUGUAGCUUUUUGUUUUACAAUUAUAUGAAGGACAUUUCAUGUUUAUUUGGCUGCCUACAUAAAAUAUGUGAGAAGUAUCUGUUGUGAGAUAUUUGAAUUUUAGGUAAAAUAGCUGGCUGGCUGUGCAACAGACUCAGGCAACUAAAUCUAUGUUUGUUCGAGAUGCAUGUAGAUGUGACUGAUCACGUAGCCGAGAGCAAUGUUAGAUUGAUUCAGUUUGCCUUUUUCAUGCUGUGCACUAAGCUAAACUCGUACCUGUUAAUGCCUUAAUACAUCUAAUACCUUGUGUUUUUUUAUUUUAUUUCCUUGUAUAUCUUUUCUUUUCUUAUGUCUUCUUUUUGUUAUGCUCUAGUAAUAUUUUAUUGUAUACCAUUACCAUGCUUGGAAAAAAAGUGAACCUGUUUACUGUAUGCUUAAAGUUACAGUACAAUUUAAUGUUUUCAUUCAUUUGUUUCUGUAAUUUUUGUUAUUGUCCUGUAUCCAAAUAUGUAUGGUAAACAAAGACAAAUCUCCAAAAUAAAGUACCAGUUUAAUUUGAGUAAUUGUUGGACAUGUUUGGAUCAA